AUGAACGUUGGAGGGCUGGAUCCCAUGGCUUUGAAAGGAAAAGAGCUGAUCUUCCAAGAUGAUUUAAUUAAAUGGCAAACAAGCUUUAAGCAGGUCCCUCCUCUCUCUGAGUGUAACACCCACUGCCGGCCUGGUUCUCAGAAGAAAAAGAAGGCAGGGGAGAAGUUUUGCUGUUACGAUUGUUCCCUGUGCCCUAAAGGAAAGAUUUCAAGGCAGAAAGACAUGGAUGACUGUGUCAAGUGUCCAGAAGAUGAGUAUCCAAGCAAAGAUCAAGAUCAAUGUAUGUCCAAGAAAAUUCAUUUUCUGACUUACGACGAAACUUUAGGGAUCAUCUUGGCUUCCACUGCUGUGUGUUGUUUCCUAAUCACAGCUCUGGUUCUUGCAACUUUUAUGAAGCACAGAGAUACCCCCAUAGUCAAGGCCAACAACAGAGACAUCACCUAUGCUCUCCUGGUCUCCCUCUUGCUCUGCUUCCUCUGCUCUUUGCUUUUCCUUGGACAGCCAGGCAUGGUGACCUGCUUCCUCCGACAAUCUGCUUUUGCCAUCAUCUUCACGGUGGCUGUUUCUUGUGUGUUGGCCAAAACAGUCACUGUGGUUGUAGCUUUCUUGGCCACCAAGCCAGGUUCCAGCAUGAGGAAGUGGGUGGGGAAAAGAAUGACUAACUUUGUUGUUCUUUCCUGCUCCCUCAUUCAAGUGGGUAUUUGUCUUGGGUGGCUAGGAACAUCUCCUCCCUUCCCAGAUUUGGACACACACUCAAUGAAUGAGGAAAUCAUAUUUGAAUGUAAUGAAGGAUCUGUUAUCAUGUUCUACAUUGUCCUGGGCUACAUGGGACUUCUUUCUCUCAUCAGCUUGACUGUCGCUUUCCUUGCCAGGAAGUUGCCAGACAGCUUUAACGAAGCCAAGUUCAUCACCUUCAGUAUGCUUGUGUUUUGCAGUGUCUGGGUGUCUUUUUUCCCCACCUACCUGAGCACCAAAGGGAAAUCCAUGGUGGCAGUGGAAACCUUUUCUAUCUUGGCCUCCAGUGCAGGGUUAUUGGGUUUUAUCUUUUUUCCAAAAUGCUACAUUAUUCUAUUGAGACCUGAAUUAAACAACAAGAAGCAGCUAAUAAGGAGAAAGAAGUAA